GCCACACGCUGGUGAAUCCUUCCGCUCGCCGGGGCCGGCCGAAGCGGAAGUGACGUGAGCCGUGGGGUGGUGCCGAGCCCGGCCAUGUCGGCGGCCUUGCUGCGGCGGGGUCUGGAGCUGCUGGGGGCGCCGGAGGGCGCCCCGGCCGCCCCGGCCCCGGCGAGCGCGGCCGCGGGGAAGCGCGCGAAGCGGAGAGCGAAGGCGGCGCAGGCCCAGAAGCUCCGGAACUCGGCCAAGGGGAAGGUGCCCAAGUCGGCGCUGGCCGAGUUCCAGAAACGCCAGAGUCGGGGCCACCUCAGGGAGAACCUGAAGCUCCUGACGGAGGCGCGAAGCCCCGUGGCCGAGACUGUCACCCAGCAGAUCCUGCGGCAGAACCGUGGUCGCAAGGCUUGUGACCGGCCGGUGGUCAAAGCGAAGAAGAAGAAAGCGGAGGGCACCGUGUUCACGGAGGAGGACUUCCAGAGGUUCCAGCAGGAGUAUUUCGGCAGCUGAGACCCAGCCCGGAGGGGGCAGCCUGGCACAGACACCCUGCACCUGCCCUGCUGCUGACCGUGGGCGCGGGCCCCGAGGCCCCCCCAGCCUGAUGACGAGGGUGUACCCGGGGCCUAAUAAAAAGCGGGCUCUGGCCCUGC